CAUGAUAUUCUCUUUCUUUCUCAGAAUAUUUCUCAGUUGCCAUGUGGAAGAGCACUAUAUACCUAUGAGGGAAAAGAACCUGGGGAUCUCAAGUUCAACAAGGGUGACAUCAUUAUUCUGCGACGGAAGGUGGAUGAGAACUGGUAUCAUGGAGAGUUAAAUGGAAACCGUGGAUUCUUCCCUGCCAGCUACAUCCAGUGCAUCAAGCCACUUAGCCAGCCUCCUCCACAAGGAAAAACACUUUAUGACUUUGAAAUCAAGGAUAAAGAUCAAGAUAAGGAUUGUUUAACAUUCACCAAGGAUGAAAUUCUGACUGUGAUUAGACGUGUUGAUGAUAACUGGGCAGAAGGAAUGCUGGGAGACAAGAUUGGCAUUUUUCCCAUUCUGUAUGUAGAGCUGAACGAGACAGCCAAACAACUCAUUGAGAAGGACAAGACAAGCAUAUCUACAGCACCAGGCUAUGAGGUCCCUAUCUCACUUGAUGCCAGCCUGGUAGUCAGGGUGACCUCAAGUCCUCCUUUAAGCAGUACCUCUGCCAACCAGAGGCAUAUGGACAUCAAGAAGAAUGCCAAGAAACGCCACUCCUUCACAGCCCUCAGUAUGACGCACAAAUCCUCCCAUGCCAUGAAUAACAGGCAUUCCAUGGAAAUUAGUGCUCCAGUAUUGAUCAGUUCUAGUGAUCCGCGCGCUGCUGCCAGAAUCGGAGGCGUGGCUCAACUUUCAUCCAGUGCUCCAGUCCAGGAUUCUACCACAUUUGGUACUUCAGCUGGAGCAGGAGCCUCAAGUCCCAAGACAACUACACUUAAUGGAGAACAAGGGACUUCAGCAAAGGUUCAAUUACCUCUUAAUGUAUAUUUAGCCCUGUAUGCUUACAAGCCACAAAAGAAUGAUGAGCUGGAGUUACGCAAGGGAGAGAUGUACAGAGUAAUAGAAAAAUGCCAAGAUGGUUGGUUCAAAGGCACAUCCCUCCGGACUGGCGGAUCUGGCGUUUUCCCAGGCAAUUACGUUACCCCAGUUUCUAGGAUGCCUGCUGGACUUGUCCAGGCACGUAAUUGCGCUCUGGGAGUCCCAAUAGCAAGUAGAAGCUCUCCGCAUUCUUCACAUUCAUCCCCUGCUGGCAUAACAAACUGCACGAAUGUAGUCAGACCAAUGCUCCCUAUUACUGUACCUCAUCAGUCUCCAACAUCCUCUCAUAACAGUCCUUCUAAAGUGACUGCCCAGCAAUCUGCCAACCAGUCACGAACCGCUAUGCAUAUGGCACACUCAUCAGCACAACCCGAAGAACGUCCCACAGCUACUGUAUCACCUUUAAGGACUCAAAAUUCUCCAUCACGACUCCCAGCCAGCCCAAUCAGACUACAGUCCAAUAUUUCUCCGCAGCACAUGCAUCAACAGCAACAGACAGCUGCUCACAGUUCUCCUGCAAUCCAUUGUGCCAGAGCAAUCAUUCCCUUAACAUCAGCUGCAGCUGCCAUUACACCACCAAAUGUUACUGCCGCCAACAUUAAUGGUGAUGCUGUCAAUGGACAAGUGAACUGCCUGCAUACUGGAAGCCCAACACAUACAGGAUGCAAAGCAGAAGAGAGGAAGACUGAAAAAAGAGAGAAGAAAGGUGGGCUGCUGAAGCUGCUGGCUGGAGCCUCUGCAAAAAAGAAGUCCCGUUCUCCCCCAUCUAUUUCACCAACACAUGACCCUCAAGCUAUUGUUGAAGGUGUAAUACAAGGAGCAGUAGGACUUGAGUUUUCCAUGUCCAGCCAUGGCAGAGCAGGGUCAUGUCCUAUUGAAAGUGAAAUGCAAGGAGCAAUGGGAAUGCAUCCACUACACAGGAAAACUGGUUCUUUAGAUCUCAAUUUUUCCAUUUCUUCUCCAGUAAGGCAACCAGCUUGUGCAAUGUUAGCUGUGCGACCAGAACCGAAAUUAUCCAGAGAGAGAUAUCGAGUAGUUGUGCCCUAUCCACCUCAAAGUGAAGCAGAAAUUGAGCUGAAAGAAGGAGACAUUGUUUUUGUUCACAAGAAGCGGGAAGAUGGCUGGUAUAAAGGCACAUUACAGAGAAAUGGAAGGACAGGGCUUUUUCCUGGAAGCUUUGUAGAAAGUUUCUGAACCCUUCAAGAAUUUUUUUUAUAUUGAAAAGCAUCCAGUAACGUUCUGACUAAUUAUGUGGAAAAUAGUGGAUUAUGAUGUCCAUGGCACAAAAGAAUAAGCACAAGACAUCAAUAUAUAAGGAAGCCUAAUAGCUAUGAGUUGUAAUUUUGACUUCCAAAGAUACCCUUGGACCCUCAGCCUAAAACAAAAAGAAGAUAUUGAGUUUGAUGUCCUUCAUUGAAAAAUGGUUGAUUUGAACAUUCAGUGAUCUAUUGGAGUAGUGCCUUCCACUUGGAACCACAAUUUGAGAAGAUGCACAUUUUAAUCUUGUUUGAUCAUUGUGAUGUAUAGAAUAUAAAUGAAAUUACUUUAAAAUGAAUGUUUUAUUAUAUGCUAACUUAUUUGUAUACACUGCAGUGUUCUUAUUACUUGCCUAUGCAAGAGAGAUAAGCAACUUAGAUGGGCCAUAUUGAUAUUAAUCACCCUCUUGAUGUAGUGGAAAACAUGAAGUGACCAACAACUGGUUUUAUCCACAGUUACUCUAUAGUAGGAAUAUAUGCACAAUAAAGGGCACAAGUUUGAAAUGUUA